AAUCGUAGAACUUAAUUAAUUUAAAUUAUAUAGAAAUGGAAAGAAAAACUAUGACGAAGCCUAGGCCAUGUGGUUGUAAAGGUUGUAGGACGUGUUUGAUUUGUGAAACUCAUUACGGCGCUGAAACCCUAAAAUUGAAAUUACAACUAGAUAAAAACAUAGGUUAUGUUUAUUGCCCAUUUUGCAAUAAAGCUUGGCAAGGCUGGGACAUGGAUUUAUAUAAGCAACAUCCUCACCACGAAGGACACUGUAUAGACUAUUCUGGAGUUUAUAUAAAACUGGACUUCAUCAACGAAGAAGAAGAAAUGGAGCUAAUGAAAAAUAUCGACGAGAUGCCUUGGGAUAUAUCACAAAGCGGCAGGCGGAAACAAAAUUUCGGCCCUAAAACAAACUUCAAGAAGAGAAAGGUUACCGUUGGUCAAUUUAAUGGAUUCCCAAACUUUUCAAAGUUCUUACAAGAGAGGUUUCAUGCUGUUGAUAUUUUAAAAGGUUACCAAGUCAUUGAGCAGUGUUCCCUGGAGUAUGACUCUAGUAAAGGAGCUUCUAUAGACCCUCAUAUAGACGACUGUUGGAUAUGGGGCGAGAGGAUAGUGACUGUAAACUGUCUAUCAGACUCCGUUCUCACAAUGACAAGAUACAGCGGAGACUACAAGAAGUACAAUUUGCCUUGUGCUGAUAAUUAUGAGCCUAUAAUUGAUCAGGAUGGAUGUAUUAUGACUAGUAACAUAAGUAACUUGACAGCAUUAGACAUUAGCAAACCAGUGAAUGACCACAAUGUUAUAAUUAGGAUUCCGAUGCCAAGACGAUCACUAUUGGUUAUAUAUGGCGAACCACGAUACCAUUGGGAACACUCUGUGCUGCGUGAAGAUAUUACUUCUCGUAGGGUAUGCAUUGCAUACAGAGAGUUUACACCUCCGUACAUGCCUGGUGGCUUAGAUGAAGCUAUUGGAAAUGAAGUUAGAGAAAAAGCUAAAACUUUCUGGGACCAUAGAAAUCAUGAAAAUAAGAAUAGAAAAAAUAGUUGACUUCAGUAAUCAUUUCAGUAUUUGUAGCACAUGC